AUCGGAGUUGGAAGUCCAAAAACAUCUGUGGGGGAUGUCUUUAACAGUGGAAGGAGAAAUGAGUCUGUUUGAUCAGAUUUCAGGGUUCAGUUUCACCGCCCCAUCUGCGUUUCCCGAAAACAUCAGCACUGGGCCACGCUGCAGAGUUGUCAUAUGUUGUUCUUAACAGACACACCCUUCAUAAAAUGGGAUUAACAACACUGGGCUGUUUUGCAGGACUUGUGUAACCCACAUUUUCCCCACCACAAGCCCUGCCUCCUGCAAUAUGAGUUGGGACCGGACGUAUGCACUAUCCUUCGCCUUUCGGGGCCCCUUAAAGAGCAGUAUGCAAAGGAACACGGCCUGGAUUUCCAGCGUCUCUUGGACGCAAGCAACUACAAGGAGACGUAUCGCCAGGAUAUGAUCCGUUGGGGAGAAGAGAGGCGCCGAACUGACCCCGGCUUCUUCUGCCGCAUCGUAGUUGAGGGCGCCGUGCAACCCAUCUGGGUAGUGAGUGACACGAGGCGGGCCUCGGAUGUGGAGUGGUUCCGGGACGUGUAUGGAGACGUGGUCCAGGUGGUGCGUGUCGUGGCCGCCGAGGAGACCCGGAGAAGGCGGAACUGGGUGUUCAUCACGGGCAUAGACGACGCAGAAUCCGAGUGCGGCCUGGACCAGGGCAUCGCUUUUGACUGGGUCAUCACCAACGACGGGGAAGAGUUGUCCCUGAAUGCCCAGCUGGAGAAGCUGCUCCUGUUUGCCCAGAGCAAGCUGUAGCCAAAACCUGGCCCGCUGUUUCCCUGCCCUGCCCCCUCUCCCACAUUCCUCCGGGAGCUGGACCGGGACUUGGCCGAAGCCGAUGCCGUGCUGCAAUUGGAUGCCUGAAGCCGGGCUUGGUUGGUAGGGCGGGGUGAAUUCCAGGGCUGUGUUUGUGUUGGGGGGAAGAAUCCAUUCCAGCGAUUGCCAUAAUCCAGUGCCAGUUCUUCUCUCCCCAUCGCUGUGUUCCAGACAGGGUACGUGUCCAUCCUGACCCAGUUAGUCCGCAUGCCGUGACGCACCUACCUUCUGAGGGGUUGUCCUUUCAUACCCAUCUCUGGCUCCUGUCCGGCGCCAGGGCCUGCUCUGCAGGGAAGUUGUGGUCUCGUGUGUUUUCGUUUUGCUUCAGUCUUCGCUGUUUAAAUUUUUUCAGCUUCUCGCCACCAGGGGGCAGGAUGACCUCAAUGUGCCGCAUUCAGUCUCAUUCUGUAAUUCCAUGCCUGUACAUCGUGGGGCCAUUGCGAUUGUCACCUGCCCGUCAUCCGGCCACCAGGGGACAGGAGAAGAGUCCCGCCAGAGGGUGGUCCGUGCACACUAUUUUAGGCUGGAGUAUCCACGUCCCACCUUUCGGACUUGAGCUGUUUUCCCCCCCUGGGAUGUUUCUAACGCUGCUUUAUCCUCUUCUGUUACUAAACACACCCACUGUUUUCUAAAGACGGGGAGGGGAAAUUUGAAAAAGAAAUUGCUGUGCCUUAUUGCUGCACGUGAACCGUCCCGGCCUGACCCCACCCUGUUCUUCUCCCUUGUUCGGCUUUCCAGAAAUCCUUGCCGAAUCCUCAGUUUGGUUUCUCCGUUUGCCAAUUUCUUUCCUGACAGAAGUUCCUGCGCCGUUUGGCGUCCGUGCGAGGGGUGGGUGGGUGAACAGGUUCCAGCAGCUGCGGGGGCCAGGCCACGGGGGAGGGGAGUGCAUCGGGGCGUCUCCCUGUUGCGCAGCUCUUACAAUAGACACCCCCCCCCGGCCUUUUCAAAGUUCUCCUACGGGAGCCUUUUUGGGCAACCUCGGAAUAGCACGGGAGCCUUGACGAAGAAAAGAGUUGGCAACCCUAGCGAAAGGGAGUCCGAGUCGUGUCGGUACAAGCAUUGGUGGUUCAAGGAGGCGGAGGGGUGCUCAGGCGGCGGAAAUGGUGUGUAAAUGUCUUUGUGCCGUGUGUGCGCGGAGGGGGUGAUUUGGCCUGGCGUGGAAGCAAAGCUGUGGUCCGGCUGAAAGAUUUGCGACUCGGUUUGUCCUCGGGCUUCAGAAAGCCCCGCUUUUUCCAAGUGUCGUGGCUAUACAGGAACGGACUCCAGCCCUGCAUCCUUCGAUGGCUCUGCCUCCCCUCCGGAAGUUCUGCCUCUGCGGCUGCCUAGUCUCCCGCUAACGCCACCCGCUGCUGAACCGAAUGCCUGCCUCCUCUCUCUCCCCCCACCGUUGGAGAGGAAGGGGAUGGGUUCUGCUCGCAAUAAAGCUUUCGAUUGGUUAUAA